AGCCCGCCCCGUGAGUCCCUUCUCAGGAGGCUGCGCGCGGGAGACCGGUCGGCCGGACGCAAAGCGGCUGAGGGGCGCCUUUGUGUGACGUGGCGGGCGAAGCGGCCGCAGUCCCGGCCUCGGGCAACCAUGACAGUUUCCUCUCUCGUCCAGCUUCGUUUGGUUUGGUGCUGUUGGACCCUACCAAGAUGGCAGAUGAACGGCCAUAAGAGAUUCUUGGCAGUGUGGACCAGUGCUACUGCUAAGUGGACACUUAAGCAGAAGAAACUAGCAGAGCUAUACAGGAUACCAGUGUCCAGGCCACCCAUCCUAUCGGGCACCAGUCUGCUGGGCAAGGGAGCUCUCUCUACAACCUCCAUCAGCCCCAAGGAAGUGAUGCUGACUAGUGAGCGGUAUGGUGUUCAGAGGCUGCCCUUCUCUCAUGUUUCUGAUAGUGAUUUAGCUUUUUUUGAGCACCUUAUACCUGGUAGAGUCAUCACAGACCCAGAUGAACUGAGACUGUUUAAUGUGGACUGGCUGCAGUCAGUCCGAGGCUGCAGUACUAUGUUGCUGAGGCCACGGACAGCAGCAGAGGUAUCUGAGAUUCUCAGGUAUUGUAACAAAAGGAACUUGGCGGUAAACCCCCAGGGAGGUAACACUGGCCUUGUGGGGGGCAGCGUUCCUGUCUUUGAUGAGAUUAUUCUCUCCACAGCUCUGAUGAACCAGGUCAUCAGCUUUAACAGUGUGUCUGGAAUCCUUGUUUGCCAGGCUGGCUGUAUUUUAGAGAACCUGAACACGUAUCUUGAGGAGCUGGACUUCAUCAUGCCACUUGACCUUGGGGCAAAGGGCAGCUGCCACAUUGGUGGUAAUGUGGCAACAAAUGCAGGAGGCCUGAGGCUGUUGAGGUACGGCUCUCUCCGAGGGACAGUUCUGGGACUGGAAGUGGUCUUGGCUGAUGGCUCCAUUCUGAACUGCUUGGCUUCUCUGCGGAAGGAUAAUACUGGCUAUGAUUUGAAGCAGCUUUUCAUUGGGUCAGAGGGGACUUUGGGGGUCAUUACUGCUGUCUCUAUCCUCUGUCCACGGAAACCCAAGUCUGUGAAUCUGGCCUUCCUAGGUUGUCAGAGUUUCUCUCAAGUUCUUGGAACUUUCACUACCUGCAAAGGCAUGUUGGGAGAGAUCCUGUCUGCAUACGAAUUCAUGGAUGACAAGUGCAUGAAAUUGGUUGAGAGCCACCUCAAACUGUCCAAACCAGUGACAGGAAGCCCCUUUUAUAUUUUAAUUGAAACAUCAGGCUCCAAUUCUGCCCAUGAUGAAGAAAAGCUGAACAAUUUCUUGGAACAUGUCAUGGCCUCUGGUUUGGUGACAGAUGGGACUGUGGCCACAGAGGAUAAGAAAAUAAAGAUAUUGUGGUCUCUGAGGGAGCGGAUCACAGAGGCCCUAACUCAUGAUGGCUGUGUUUACAAAUAUGACAUCUCACUCCCUGUGGAGAGACUAUAUGACCUUGUGAUUGAUACCAGGGCUCGACUGGGCAAGACUGCCAAGAAUGUGGUUGGCUAUGGCCAUCUAGGAGAUGGAAACCUGCACUUGAACAUCACAGCUGAGUCCUACAGCCAUUCGCUGCUGAAUGCCAUUGAGCCAUUUGUGUACAAGUGGACUGCACAGUAUAAUGGCAGUAUCAGUGCAGAGCAUGGACUGGGCUUCAAGAAGAAGCAUUACAUUCAAUACAGUAAGCCACAGGAGGCAGUCCUUCUCAUGCAGCAAGUCAAGGCCAUGUUGGACCCCAAAGGGAUUCUGAACCCUUACAAGACACUGCCAGCUAGUUCCUGAGAGUUUCGUGCUGCUGAGAAACAGGUGAAUGUCCUGCUGUAUCGACUGUAUCUCUAGCUCAUAACUGCACUUUAGACACUGACAGACUGAACAACAAUUUCCAAAGCUGCUUUGCUCACUUUAUGAUUGUAAUGAAAUGGUAAAGGACUGUAUAUAUAGGGCUUACCUGACAGUCCCUCCCAUGCUGCAGUGCUUAGAAUUAUCUCCCAUCCCAGUCCAGCUGGUGGAACCCUUGAAAAGCCUUAACUCUCUAAUGCUCUGUUGAUGGCUUUUCCUCUGUACUUUAGAUUGUUUUUUUAUUUCAUUCAUAGUCCGUGCUCGUGGAUGUUAGCAAGAGCUACACGCAGCAAGAAGAAAGUGUAAGCAGCGUCUAGAUUUGGUAGACCAUCUGUGCUUUCUAUCACUUUCUGGCAGUGGGGAAGUUUAAAAUCUCUGUGUUGCUUACUCUGCAUAGGAAGACAAUUUACAGCCUGUUUUCAAACACAGGCCUACAAUUUUACAUGUGCAAAUUAUUACACCUGCAGCUUAGGCCUCUUCAAUCUAGGUAUGUGAUUUGUGGGUGCAGUCAGCUAUGGAAAUGGAAGAUUAAAUUCUGGUUAAUCUCUGGAGUGUAAAUGGCAGGAUUAUGGCAGUGCUGUUCCUGAUCCUGGAAUUAUAGGUAUUUGCCCCUCACUUGCUCAUAGUUGUAUGUAUGUGGGGUAAUCCUGGCACAGUUGGUAAAUUCAUGGCAGUGGUGGUAAUUUGCUAAGCUCCACUAGGUGUCCAACAGGCAGCUCUUAGUGGGCAUCAUGAUCAUAUCUUUGUCCCUAUAACUCCCAGCUGAGAUCAGCUGUGUUUAGGGCUUCUUUAUAGCAUUUGCCUCACUAGCGCCAAGCCAGAGCUAACAAUUUGUGCUGACACUUGGAUACUACAGUUAUAGGCACACUAGAAAUACUGUAGUUGGUACCCAGAGUAGGGUUUCCAGUAAUGUCAACCCCUCUGUAAUCUUUCUUUUCACACAGAUAUUACAAACCUGAGAUCAGAGGUAUAAACAGCAUCCCAUCAACAACACCCUGAGCCAAAGACAGCUUUGGACUAACCAGGCCAGAAUUUUACCCCUUUACCAGGACAGAAUUUUGUCUCUUCCAUUCACCGUGCCCUCGCUUGGUUUAACAGAGAAUGUAAUCAUCCUGCCCACAGAUCUUGUAAAUUCAUGGAAGUAGACUGCAGUUUUUCAUUAGAUUUUGGCUAAACUGGUGAUUGUGUAUCAAACUAGGCUGUUUUGAUGGCAAAGAUCGUAUUGGGGCAUCAUGGAAUAGAAGAGGCCAGUUUAUAAAGACAGCAUCUGGUUAUGCUUGCAUUUUGGUAAUCCGCAAGGAAGGGAAAGGAGAAAAUAUACGUGUUAACUAGGGUAUAUACAUUAAUUUUCUUCGUGGAUUGGGGCUAUUAGCCGCUUGACCGACAUCUCUACUCCCUUCCUCUCUGUUGCACAGCAGAGAGGGGAAUGUAGGUGCAUUGAUUGUACAGAAAUAGGAGUUAAGAAGCUGGGCAGCAGGAAAGGUGACUACACAUCGGUAGCAUGAUUCCAUACCUCUUAGUCACUGGCAGCUCCUCAGCACCAAAAAUAUGCAAAUAAAACCCCAUUUGAAAUGCGGGGCUUGGCCUGCUGAAGGGCAGUGGAAUUGAGGAACAGAUUGUUCCUCAAACCUAAAUCCAUAGGAUCCCCUUGUAACGACCAUGAACUCUUCCCCCUCUGGCCACAAUACACCAGUAGGCAGAGCGCAACCAAUGGCAGUGAUAUAUGGGAAGUAGCCAUGCUGGCCAGAGGCCUGAGAGAAGUGCAGAAGGGCAUGUGUUUACCAGGCCAGGCUUGUGAGAUUUCAUUGUUCAAACUGAAAACAAGUCUGAGCUGAACCUUUUCUGGAUCAGGACAAACAUUUACAUUUAAUGAGAACAUUUUACAGUGAAUGUAUGAUUAUCUGGCAGGGACUUGGGGUUUGACUAUUUAAAACUUGAUCAGAAUUAAAAAAAAAUUGCACUAUUUUAAUUCACAAAACCUUGUAUAAUGUUUUGCCAGUAUUAUACCCUCGUCUAACUGGAGACCUCGUAAUCUUUCUUAGGAGAACAGCUUGAGGAUCUUGGUGUUAUUUCCAGUGAUCUUCUAAUAAAUGUAUGUUUUUUUAUGACUAUAAGAAGCUUGAUAAAACAUAAGAGUUAAUAAAAAUGAAGACUGAUUUGUUUUUAA